AUGAGUAGUGGUGAUCGUGGUGAAAAAGGAUCAUCUGCGAGUCGCUUUUGGCGUCGUUUCCGCCAGAAGACAUCUUCCUUCUGUUCUUGUUCUGGUCGUACAUCUUCUGAGAGACGUGACGCAAAUGGUGAGGUUAUUCAAGAUACUACCACUACUACUAAUGAUGAGAGUAGUAAUAAUAGUGAUGGUGGGGGAUCGUUUGUAGAGGUGGAUAUGCUUCGUUACGACCUUAACGCUGGACGGAAAUAUCCCGAUAACUCCAUUCGCACUGCAAAAUAUACGUGGUUAUCUUGUUUUCCACUUAGUCUAUUCUAUCAGUUUUACAGGGUAUCCAAUGUGUAUUUUCUCAUUGUCAUGGUUAUUACCCUUAUUCCUGGAGCGAGUCCUGUUAAUCCACUUAGUAGUUUAAUUCCCUUCUGUAUUGUGCUCGGUGCUGGUAUUUCAAAAGAUCUCUGGGAAGACGGUAAAAGACGAGAAUCGGAUCGUCGUGCCAACAACGUAAAGGCGUACGUUUUGCGUGGAAAUGAAUUCGAAGCCGUGGCAUCACGAGAUGUACGUGUAGGAGAUGUGAUGCUUUGUAAACUUGGUGAAGAAGUACGAGCAGAUGUAUUGUUGUUGAAUAGUUCUCACGCUGGUGGGGUAACAUAUAUUGAGACUGCAAACUUAGAUGGAGAAACAAAUGCCAAAACAAGACGAGCAAAGCCGCAGACAAUUGAAGCACUUGGAACCGUAGAAGAUAUUAUUGAUCAUUGUUUACCAUCUGCAAAGAUGAAAGCACACUUCUUAAAACAUGGUACUAUGGAAAAAUGGAAUGGUACGGAAAGAGUUGUUGCUACGACUUCUCCAACAAAAAUGCCAGAUUCUCCAGAUGUAGGAAGUAGAUUAAAAUUAUCAGAUUCUUUAGUAGAUACCGGUCCACUCACUCCAUUACGUUUAGAAAAUUAUAAACCCCCUGAACAUGGUUUACCACAGUUUGUACGACCUCCAAUUCCUGGUAUUGAUACUCCUGGUGUGGAGGCAAAUAAAGAUAAUAUGGACCCAUGCAUACACCCACGCUCAAGGACAUUUCUUACCCCUGAUGCGAAAUAUUUGGAUGGACAGAAUAAACAUAGACGAGGUUUAACCUUUGAUGAACGUUUUAUGGUUGGAAGAGAAGUACCGGUGCCAUCAGAUAUUUUAGCCAUGUCAAGAAGGUAUGAAGAACGAUUAAUGGGUCAAUCGGUAAGAGCCACCGAUACAGAAGGAAUAGGACGUGAUGGAAAGAGGAAAAUAUCAGGAGAAGGAUCUCCAAAUAAAAGUGUAACCCCAACUAAAUCCACCAAGCAUAAUGUUCUUUCUAAGAAUAAUCAAGGGAAAACUCUUGAUUCUAGUGGUUUUGGUAAAAGUGUUAAUAUGACAGAGAAUGUAGAAGUAAAUACAACAACAAAUGGUGUUGUAAUUCUUGGGGCACCACCUUGUCCAGAAUUAUAUUCCUGGAUUGGUCAAUUACGAAUGGGUGAUGGUGAACUCAUUCCUUUAGGUAUUGAACAAUUACUUCCUCGUGGAUGUGUAAUUCGUAAUACAGAAUGGGUUCUUUGUGUAGUAUUAUAUACUGGAAAGAAUACUAAAAUGCUUCUCAACUUACAACCUAAACCAACGAAAAUGUCUUUAGUAGCACGUCGUCUUAAUUAUAUCAAUUUAUUUUUCUUUAUUCUACAACAAGUGAUGCUAUUUAUUAUUUGUGGUCUUGCUGUGGUAUGGCGAAAUUCUCAUUUGACACCACCAGAAGGAACACGUAGUGGUUAUUCCGUUUGGUAUAUUCAGUGGUUUCUCUCACGUUAUUCACCUAACUCUUUAUUUGGACUUCGUUACCUUACCAAUUUUGUUCUCAUGUCAUUCCUAAUUCCACUUUCAUUAUAUGUAUCUCUUGAAUUUAAUAAAGCCAUUCAAAUGAUUCUUAUCGCUCGAGAUAGAAGAAUGGCUAGUUUUGAUGAAUUCAGUGGAGAAUUACGUUUUCCAAGACCCAAAACAUCUGAAUUAAAUUCUCAAUUAGCACUUGUACGGUAUAUAUUUACAGAUAAAACAGGUACGUUAACACAGAAUUGUAUGACUUAUGUAGGUGGAUGUACGGCAACAGAGAAACAUGAUGAACGUGAGAGACCUGGUGCUCUUGGUGAGGCUUUUUUACAAUUAGUCGGUCAACAACAUCGUGAAUCUGCUGGGAUGGCUACAAAAGGACCAGGGGUGGCAUUAACAUCAUCAUCUGGAGAGAAACGUGUACUUCGUCCUCAUCGUUCCACUUCUCCAUUUGAUUUUGAUGAAAAGAAAAUGGAAUCGGAACCACUUUUUCAAUAUUUACGAGCUCUUUCCUUAUGUCAUUCGGUGGUUUGUUUUGAUCGUCAAACCGUAGAUGAUGCGGCUGCGGCUUCUCAAUCUGUACGCAAUAGUCCAUACCCACCUUUAGCUCUUGAGACCAGUGUGAAUAGUAUGCGAGUGAGUAUAAAUGCCGAUGCGAGAGAAAUGAAUGUACAUGAGCGAUGGGCCUCACAUAAUCUUGGUCAAAGUCUCUCAGUUCUUCACGCCAGUACUGCCAGUGGCGUUGGUCGUUUUUUACGAGGACACACCGGUAGUGCUAGUUGGUAUGUUACUCGUCAUAAUGAUAUGCAUGAACAUGAACGCACAGCCACCAUGCCAAGGAUUGUAUUAGAAAUGAAAGAUAAAUCUAAAAUAUAUGAAGGACAAUCAUUAGAUGAAAUUGCACUGGUUACGGCAGCUCGUGAUAAUCUUUUCGCUUUACAAAAAAGGAAUGCCACACAUAUGUAUAUACAAGCUGCAAAUAAAAUGAUGUGUUAUGAAAUUAUUGCAGAACUUGAAUUUACGCCACAACGAAAGUUAAUGAGUAUUUUACUUUGUCGAUGUCCUUUAUUAGAUGAUGCCGCAGAUGCGGAUGGGGCAGAAAAGGUAGAAAAUAGUUAUCAUCGUCAAAAGGAAAAGCCGGUGCAGGAGGUUCGACGGCAAUCACCACCUCCACCACGUGAAAUGGUACUUAAUGUGUUGGGUUCGCAAAGAGGAUUUCCUGUGAAUACAGAAAAUGGAAGUGAUGAGGAAGAUGAGGAUGAACGUCGUCGGUCAAGAAAUACAACAAAGAUUUUUACCGGUGAACCAGAAGGAUUAGAUGAAGAUGAUGAAGAGGAAUCUCCAUACUUACUACUCGUAAAAGGAGCAGAUAAUAGUAUGUUGGAGAUUGUAAACAAUAGUAAUCCACGUAAUGCAGAACUUAAACCUGUCUUUCAACGAGAGUUAGAGGCAAUGGCAAGAGAAGGAUUACGUACCCUGGUGCUUGGACAACGGUAUAUCACAGAACGUGAGGUAUUGGAAUGGCUUCCAAUAUUUAAUGAGGCUCAAUGUAGUAUGCAGAAUAGAAGUGAAAAAUUACAUAGUGCUUAUGCCUUAAUGGAGAAGGAAAUUGAUCUUAUUGGUACCACUGCCGUAGAGGAUGAAUUGCAAGAGGGAGUUCCAGAGACAUUAAAGUUUUUCCUUCAAGCAGAAAUUGUGGUUUGGAUGUUAACAGGAGAUAAACGUGAAACAGCAGUAACCAUAGCGGGUACAAGUGGUUUAGUGGACUCCGCGUAUGAAAAUUCUGUCGUACAUUUAGAUGUAGCCGAUAUAUCUAUGAAUUUUGACUCUUGUGAAGCUGCAGCCGCGGAUCCAACUGUACAAAGUACAUUAAAAGAACAAAUGGAUGCCGCCGUAUUAGCAUGUGAAGAGGCAGAUGCUAUUCAUAAAGGAGAACGUGUCAUAGUCUUGGUAGUAGAUGGUCGAACCUUAGAUGUUAUUUUUGGGGAUAAGACUAUUACAAGUGAUUUCUUUAAAUUAGGAACACGUUGUCGAAGUGCAGUUUGUUGUCGAAUGACACCUUUACAAAAGGCAAAAGUGGUUCGUUUAUUUCAAAAGAAUACCCGUCACACCGCAUUAGCUAUUGGGGAUGGGGCAAAUGAUGUUUCUAUGAUUCAAGAGAGUCGUAUUGGUGUAGGUAUUAUGGGACUUGAAGGAUCUCAAGCAGAAUUGGCAAGUGAUUAUGCUAUUCCUGCCUUUCGUUUUCUUAAACGUCUUCUUGUUGUUCAUGGACGUUUCUCUCUUUAUCGUGAUGCUCAUUGUAUUCUCUUUAGUUUAUAUAAGAAUGUGGUUCUCUGUGUUGGUCUUACCUUUUAUGCCUUUCAUUGUGGUUAUUCUGGUAUGAUAUUAAUGGAAUCCUGGUUAUUAGCCCUCUUUAAUCUUCUUUUCUGUGCCGUUCAGCCUCUCAUGAUUGGAAUAUUUGAUAAAGAUGUAUCGGAUGAAUUAGCAGAAUCCAUACCUGCAUUAUAUCCACCACUUGCCCGAGAAGAAAUGUUUUUUCAUACUCGUUAUAUUGCCAAAUGGUUUAUUGAUGGUUUAGUAGAUGGAUUUGCACUUAUACUAGUGUUAAUGUAUGUGGUAGGGGUAUGGGAUACACUCUAUCCAUACCGUAGUCCAGCCUUGGAAGAUUAUGGAAUGAUGUAUUUUAUUAUGAUGCUUCUUAUCGUCAAUCUCCGAGUGGCGGGAUUAACCACCUGUUAUAAUGUUAUUUUAUUUGGUGUGAUUGCCUAUGGCUUUAUUGUGAUUCCACUUCUCACACUUGCCUAUUCGGCUAUUCCUGAUUUACUUGGAUCUAAUUGGUGUGUGUAUAUUGCGAUGGAGUUAAUGAGUGAUCCAAAGUUUUGGCUUCUUCUUCUCUUCACGGCGGGUGUAUUUCUGGUCUACGGCGUGGCGGUGAAUGCGUACAUUGCGAUGUUUUGGCCGUGGAUGAAUGGCGGGCCGGCAAUGCGGGCAGCGUGGAACUCACCGUACAGAAAAGAACAUCACGAGAGGAUUUUGCGAUUGCGGAGAAGAGCCGCCGCCGCUGCAGCCGCACGUACAGCCUCCUCCACACCUCCAUAA